UGUGUCAGUAUGUGAGUUGUGUGUGUUCAGUAAGCAACAGCAGCAGCAGCAGGACGAGCAGGCGUGCUGCGGCAGACGUGCUGCUGGAUCCGAGAAAGCGAGACCGCUGCGGGACACUUUUUGGAAACCUCCAUCGCAAAGCCCGACACUUGAUUGGACUUGCACGGGAGUCCGCUUCACUUUUGGUUCGCUAUGGAUCGUCUACCAGCGCGGACCAGACGGCGCGUCUUGGCAACAAAACGGUCGUGAUUGUCAUCCGUUGGAUCGGAACAGGAGAGUUUGAACUUUUGGUUGUUUUCCCUCGUUGGCGUUCUGCAUGUCGGUGACUACAUGUGAGCGCCACUGGGGACCAAGGUCAACUUUUAUCGCUCAUGGGGUGACCCACGUAAGCGCUCCUGAGACGUGAGUGCGGGACAGGCGUUCUCCCUCCCAGCAACCCUCCUGCGGCACCUUCCCUCCAGACGAGCGGCGCGGCCUCGCGGAUUGAAUGAGUCUUUGCUGUGAAGCCGCCGCGGUGUGCCAGCUUACCGCCAUGAGGAGCAGAUACUCCCAGUACUACAACCGGACUCUGAUCCCUUACCACUACGUGUUCGCCAAGAACAUGACCCUCGAGGACCUGGACAAGCGCUACGAGGACAAGAAGUUGCUGACGGACCCCAGCAUCAUCAUCGUGGUGCUGUGCACCAUCAUCAUCCUGGAGAACCUGCUGGUGCUCAUCGCCGUGUGCCGCAACAAGAAGUUCCACUCGGCCAUGUUCUUCUUCAUCGGCAACCUGGCCUUCUCCGACCUCCUGGCCGGGUCGGCCUACAUCGCCAACAUUUUCCUGUCGGGCUCGCGGACCUUCGACCUGGUGCCCGUGCAGUGGUUCAUCCGCGAGGGCACGGCCUUCAUCGCCCUGGCCGCGUCGGUCUUCAGCCUCUUGGCCAUCGCCAUCGAGCGCUACAUCGCCAUCACCAAGGUCAAAGUGUACGGCUCCACCAAGACGUGCCGCAUGUUCCUGCUCAUCGGCGCCUGCUGGGUGACGUCCAUCCUUCUCGGCGGUCUCCCCAUCAUGGGAUGGAACUGCAUCGACAACCUCCCCCAGUGCUCCGCCGUGCUGCCGCUCUACUCCAAGAAGUACAUCCUCUUCGUGGUGACCAUUUUUAGCCUCAUCCUGCUCUCCAUCGUCAUCCUCUACGUGAAGAUCUACUUGAUCGUGCGCUCCAGCCACCAGGAAGCCACAAACUCCCCCGCUUACGCCCUCUUGAAAACGGUCACCAUCGUGCUCGGCGUCUUCAUCAUGUGCUGGCUGCCCGCCUUCACCAUCCUCCUCCUGGAUUCCUCGUGCACCAUCCAGUCCUGCCCCAUCCUCCACAAAGCCAACAUCUUCUUCGGCUUCGCCACGCUUAACUCGGCGCUCAACCCGGUCAUCUACACGCUGCGCAGCAAGGACAUGCGCAAGGAGUUCCUGCGCGUGCUCUGCUGCUGGGGGGUGCUGCAGAGCGGGCGGCCCGCCGAGCGCUGCCUGGUGCCGCUCAAGAGCUCCAGCUCUCUGGAGCACUGCACGCACAAACACGAACACCAGACCACGCCCAUCAUGCAGAACUGCACCACUUGCGUGUGACGCCGGCGAAAAGAAAUCACGCCAGCUCGCAAUCAAACCGUGCCCGUGUUGGGACGCGAGGCCACUUUUGAACACCGACAAGAAACUCCACUUUGGGGUGCUUGGGAAAUGUGAAAACUGUUCAUGGGUACUCUGGUGAAAUCAUAUGGAGUCAUUUUAAUGUAUGCUCGACUGGAUUUACACUGCAUGGUGUGACACAAUUGUUUGAUUGGGUGUUUUUUUUCAUAGGGGGGGUGUCCCUCAAAUGGUAUAAUUGGGAUUUCAAAUGAAGCAGUCAGGCCAUAAACACUAUGUCACGUUGAAUAUUUGUACUAUUUAUCGACCAUUAUUGAGUUCCAUGUUAUCACUGCCCCGCGGUGACAUUUGUGUUGCUUCUAUUCACGCACGCAGGGAGUUCUGUCAGCCAUACAGGAUCUGUGUCACUAGACAGGUCUGUACAUUAAAAAUCAGAAUUGAGCACUUGGACCUGCAGCGUAAAUCCAGCCUUGGGAAGCCAA